AAAACAAAAUCAUAAACAAAUAAAAUUGCCAAACGAACGCACGUCUUGUAGGUGAUUGUAAGGUUCAACUUUAGAAAAUGAGAAAUUCAAUCAUUAUUUUGCUAGUUAAAUUUUCACUUACGGUAGGAUUUAAUCCGGGCAAGUUUUCCAACGCAUUUGAAGCGACACACGGAUGUCUGCAGUUCAGCACCCAGGAUGAAUGUCUUCAAUAUAUUCCAACAAACAGAUUCAAACACUUACACGUCACGGAUGCGAAUGUGACCAUUAUGAGAAUGGGUGUAAUGGCCAAUCAAGGACCACACAUACGUUUGUCGCCAGUUGAGUUUCCAACAGGGGUCAAAAUCAAUGAAAUAGUGCUCUCCGCUUGGAACAAUACGGCCAGCGAAAUGAGAAGUUACGUGCCGAAUACAGUGGGGAUUUCUGGAUAUCAACUUUUAAAACGUAUUAGUUCCCCAGGGUUGCUAAAUCAGUUCUAUCCGACGAUGUUCACGAUAGAAAUCGAUCACAAUGGAAAUGUCAAACUGAUCAAAGAUGGUGACCGGGUUCCCUUGGUUGAGUUCCAAGACCAGAAGAUAUCGUUCGAGUACGUACAGUUUUGCAAAUAUAUGGCACCUGCCACUUUCUUUUUUGAUUGUCCAUUGGAGAUAGACCAGCGAGACUGUAGUGGAGUUGUGCAGAAUUGACAGUAAAAGUUUCUCAAAUGUUAAACAUAGAAUUGAAAUACUCAAGAUUUUUUUUAGGAAUUUGUGUAUCAAAUAAAUAUGUUUAAUAUCAUGAUGAUCGA